AUGAAAACUGUGGUAGAACGUAUGGUAAGCAAAGGGACGCGGCAUAAUAUCGGAAUAUCGGGCUGGCAGUCAGCGAGCUUGAACCAGAGCGAGCGAGGUUACAGCUGUUUUUGGUUGACGUUUCAAGAAUGGAUAUGGACCGCUGCCUACCAAUUGUUGCUCGAUUUCGGCAGAAUCCGCCAGGGACCGAAGCGCGCCAUGUUUCUAAUAAGUGGGCGCAUCUCCAUAAAGAACAUCAUUCACCCUUGGCCCGACGCACCCCAAUCACUCGAUUAG